UUCUAGGUGGGAUAACCACCACGAUCUUCUCCCCUGUCAAUUAGUCCCCAAUUCUUUCAGAUUUAUUAUCGAGCAGCCGGGGUCACUCCCUCUCUUGAACAAUUUAUCUUCCUUUUCAAGCUGUCCAAGGGAAACGGAGACUGGGCCUCCUGCCUCUCUUUCUCAGCUAUCUAGUAAACUCUUCACGAGCCACAAGAAGGGGUCAAACCACUACUGGAAACCCAUUUUUGUUUUUGUUUCUACCGGAUCAGAACCCCCCUUCACGGGGUCUGGUCACCCUUCUUUUUGUAGGAUUCCGGUGCCAAUCCCAACUACAAAGUUAAGGAGUAAACCCAUGUGGCUCGACCAGAUGGACAAGUUGGUCCCCCCCUGUGGCUGCCGACGAACAUUGGGGCCGACUGGCUAGUCAAAUAGAGCACACUUCCAUGAAAGAAUAUUUGACUUAUAAGCAAGCACCAACACAAGAAAAUACCCCAAAAUUUUAUCUUUAAAAUUCUGUUUUAGUUGGUGUACAAAGUGUAAGCCGUAGCCGGUAAGCCUACCAUUGCCCAUUGCCCAUUUUUUUCACCACUAUCGGUGCUCUUCGAAGAGACAAUUACUCCUUAAAUUCUUAAAAUCCCAUUGGCUGACAUACUGAGUUGGGUUUACCGUCUCUCGCUGGCCUGCGGGGCUGGAGCAGUCGAACUCGAGCAGAUGCUCGACAUUAAUAAUUUACCGGGAUGUUGGCAGCCUGCAAAGAUAGGUUUAUUUCAAAGAAGCCACUCCUUCGGGUCUAUCACCAAACCUAUUUAACAAGUAGAAAUUGCAUUCCGAUCUCAUUGAGUGGUGUUGAAUUAAACAGUGAAGAGAUUGUGUCCAAACUCCAUUUUUGCACUGAGUUCCAUUCGGUGAAAUGCCUGCAUGCCCUUCUCAUCACAUUUGGAAAGGCUCAAAGUGUUCAUACUGGCACUAGAAUUCUAAAUGCUUAUGCCCGCGUGGGUAAUGUUUCGUUUGCUCGUAGUAGUUUCGAUCAGAUUGAGAAGAAAAAUACCUACACUUGGAAUUCAUUGAUAUCAGCUUAUAUUCGUAACUGCAGAUUAUGUGAAGCGCUUCGUUGUGUAUAUCAAAUGUUGUCAUCUCAUGAUGCUCGUCCUGACUUUUAUACUUUUCCUCCUAUUUUAAAAACUUGCCGUAACGUAAGUGAUGGAACAAAGAUUCACUGUUUGGUUUCAAAACUAGGUCUAGAAUGUGAUGUAUUUAUAGCUGCAUCUUUGGUGCAUAUGUACUGUCGUUUUGAUGUUUUUGACUGUGCUAUCAUGAUAUUUAAUGAUAUGCCGUUCAGAGAUAUGGGCUGUUGGAAUGCUGCAAUUUCUGGGUUCUGUCAAAAAGGAAAUGCUGUAGGUGCAUUGAGUAUCUUACAAAAGAUGAGAUCGGUUGGAGUUAAGAUGGAUGGAAUAACUCUAGCAACUGUUCUUCCCAUUUGCGUUCAACAGAAUGAUAUUCGGUGUGGAAUGCUAAUUCAUGCAUAUGCCCUAAAACAUGGGUUAGAUUGGGAAAUAUAUGUGUCAAAUGCGCUGAUAAACAUGUAUGCCAAAUUCGGCGAGUUGGGGCAUGCCGAGAAGAUCUUUAAUCAAAUGGCGGCAAAAGAUUUAAUUACUUGGAACUCAAUGGUUGCUGCAUAUGAACAAAAUGAUCACCCAAAUAAAGCAAUUGAAUGCUUUUCAGUGAUGCAGCUAAACGGAUUUCAGCCUGAUUUAUUAUCAUUAGUGAGCUUAACUUCUAGUAUCGCUCAAACGAAAAUUUUUCGAUAUAGCACAUCCAUUCAUGGCUUCAUCCUAAGAAGAUGCUGGAUACCAGAAGAUGUGGUGCUCGGGAACACAGUAGUGGACAUGUAUGCUAAAAUGGGUUAUGUUGAUUAUGCACUUGAGGUUUUCAAUAAGAUCCCUUGCAAGGACGUGAUUUCGUGGAACACUAUCAUUGCAGGUUAUGCACAAAAUGGCCUUGCAAGUGAAGCUAUUGAAGCCUAUUGUAUGAUGAGAGAGUGUGAGGGAAUACCACCCAAUCAAGGAACAUGGGUGAGCAUUUUGCCAGCUUAUGCCCAUUUAGGAUCGUUGCGAGAAGGGAUGAAGAGCCACGGACAGGUAUUCAAGGUAUGUCUCCACUUAGAUGUCUUUGUGGGUACUUGCCUGAUUGACCUCUAUGGAAAAUGUGGGCGACUAAACUAUGCUAUGUCUUUAUUUUAUGAAAUUCCCCGGGAGAGUUCAGUCCCUUGGAAUUCCAUGAUAUCCUGUCAGGGAGUUCAUGGGCACGGUCUAGCAUCUAUUCAACUAUUUAGAAAUAUGCUGGAUGAUGGGGUUAAACCAGAUAGUGUUACAUUCUUAUCACUUUUGGCAUCCUGUAGCCAUUCAGGUCUGGUUGAUGAGGGAAAACAGUACUUCGAUUUGAUGCAGCAAAAAUUUAGGAUAAAGCCCAGUAUAAGGCACUAUGGAUGUAUGGUGGAUUUAUUUGCAAGGGCCGGGCAACUGGAAACAGCAUAUAAUUUCAUUACAAAAAUGCCCUUGCAGCCAGAUGCUUCAGUUUGGGGUGCUCUUCUCAGCGCUUGUAGAGUUUAUGGUAAUGUUGAGUUGGGAAAAUUGGCUUCUGAUAACUUGUUUUCGGUCAACUCAGAAGAUGUUGGAUACUAUAUUUUGUUGUCAAAUAUUUAUGCAAAUUCCGGAAAAUGGGAGAGGGUGGAUGAAGUGAGAUCAUUAGCAAGAGAUAGGGGAUUAAGGAAGACCCCAGGAUGGAGCUCAGUUGAAAUAAGUAACAAGAUUGAGGUUUUCUAUACUGGUAACCAGUAUCAUCCGCAAUACAAAAAGAUAUAUGACGAGCUGGAAAUGUUAACUGCUAAAAUGAAGAGCCUUGGUUAUACCCCAGACUUCAGUUUUGUGUUGCAAGAUGUGGAGGAUGAUGAGAAGGAGCACAUUCUUGCAAAUCACAGUGAAAGGUUGGCAAUUGUAUAUGGACUUCUCAAUACCCCUCCCAAAAGUUCAGUAUGUAUUUUCAAGAAUUUACGUGUUUGUGGCGACUGCCACAAUGUUACUAAAUUCAUGUCAAUCAUAACCGAGAGAGAAAUUGUAGUGAGGGACUCAAAUCGCUUUCACCAUUUCAAGGACGGGAUUUGUUCUUGUGGGGACCAUUGGUGACACGUGUCAUAAUUUUGUGAUUACAAAUUUAGAAUGUACACAAAAAGAUUUAUAUCUUCACUCUAUACCGCUGCGUAAAAAGAGCCAAAGAGGUUGCAUUUUCUCCGAGAAGUCAAACUCAGGUACUUUUCUCACUUUUUUUUCACUCCUUUAAUAUAUUCUUUCUUUGAUUCAGAUGCUUACUGCUAAUAUAUUAAAGGCAAAUUC